AUGAUUGAAAGUACUCAAGAAAAUGAUGAAUACACAGAACAACACGAACCGUAUAGCUUGAAAGUCAGGUGGGCGAUACCCCAACAGUUGGAGAACAUGAUCUUUGUUGGAAGAGAUGUAGUCGCAGUAGCACAUGACAUUUACAUUAUAUUCCUCAAUUUAAGAACAAACACUGAAGUGGUCUAUGUCGCUAAUGAUAAACAGAAAGGAGAUGGUGUUGAUGUUAUCACAGGUCACAGAUCCAAUCUUUUCGCAUUCGCUGAAAAAAUAAAACAUCCUCGUAUUUUCAUCGUCAACUAUCCAACAUUUCAAAUAUUAGCGGAAUUAAAAGAUACUGACGUAAACCGUUACAAAGGUCUCUGCAUGAUGGAGUCUGACUUGAUUGGAGGUUUUAGUGGCUUUCCCAACUAUCUAAUAUCAAUAUGGAGUUGGCGAACUCAUCAGCGGCUUGUUUCAAUCUCAACGGGUGUGAUUCGACGCAGUCAGAUUUAUAUGGCCAGUCGAACGCAUUUGCUGUUGUGUCAAUGCUGGGGCGAAGGUCUUACAGUGUGGGAGGUGGCACAGUGCUACAAGCGCUGCUUGAUACUAAAACGCAGUAAGGAAGAAAUAAAAGGAUCGGACGUAUCUGAUCUAAAGCCCGUUUCUGUUUGUUGGAGCAAUGAAGGACAACUGUACGCUAUUGAUGAAAAAGCUAAUCUUUAUGGCCUCCAAUCCGAUGGAAUAUAUAUGGUUACUAAUUUAGAUUGGUCAGAAAACCUGAAAGGCACAAAAACACCUUGUAUGUGUUCAUUUAGCAAUGGCAUUUUGAUCUACGGUCCUGACUCCUGUCUUCGGUCUUUAAAAAAAGUUGAGCAUCAGUGGCAAGUUGUUUGGAAGUACAGAACAGAGGAUGAAGUAAUCCGUUUGGUAUCAAACUCGACGUCAGAUGUCGCAAUAAUGUGGACAAAGAAAGGCUUUAUUUAUAAAAUUACAGGCGAAUCGGAAGACAAGAUCGAAAUAAAAUUAUUUUCUUUUAAACAGAGAAAUAUAAAAAAAAUACAGUUGAUCGCCCCUAAUUAUACACAUAUCGCAACGAUCAAUAAUAUAGGCGUUCUUUGUAUUUACGAAGUAGCCACUGCGAAACUGGUCCUUGUAAAAUAUGUGAAAGGAGAAGACGUCUCCUUCGUGGCCAGUCCAGUUGAUCCAUUGUUAAUUAUUUUUGGAGAGGUCGGUCAUAACUAUGGGAUGGCUCUUUUUACUUUUGAUCAAAAAGAAGGUUUACAGAAGAUCGGCAGCAUGUGUCUGACACAUCAAAUAGUUUCCCGAGUUUUAUUUUCACCGACGGGAAAAGAAAUUGUCGCCGCUGCUAUGUCGGCGGGACAUAUAUUUAUUUUAAAGUUGUCAGACGAUUACAAGCUUACUUUAGUGCGAUAUACAGAAUUGGGACGUGGUCUUGCCGAUUGUUUUCUAAUGAAAGUCGGAGAAUCGAUACGAGUGUUUAGUAUCGUGCUUUUUUCGGAUAAAUACGCAAUAGGUGAACGUAUAAUUUGCAUAAAUGCGGAGACUGGAAAGGACAAUAAGUUUGCGGGUAAGAUGGCGGGGCCAUAUGCUCAGCUGGUACCUCUACACGCUCGUGACACAGCCCUGGCAGUCCCUCAUUUAUCGAAGCAAAUGCACGUCCUAAAACUCUCUGGCGAAAAAGGUGUAACGGUUUCCGUGAAGAUGGGCCCAGUGGUUGACACGGGGCAUCAUUUGAAGCAAUUUCUAGCUUUCUACAACACGGGUGCACUACUAACUUAUGGUGCCGAUGGUACGGUUAUACUCCGACAGCCAAAUGCGACUGAAGAAUAUAAUUUGCAAAUAUCUGUGACUCAUCGAUACGAGGGUGGAGUCAAGCAAGCAGUUAUUGAUGCAGAAAAUCGCUACAUUGUCUCUCUUGCUAACAACAAGACUCUUGCAGUACACUUCUUGCACAGAGACCAAUCUGAGCGCCGCGAAUUACUACACACUCCGCCCGAUCUUAGUAUUUUCAACGAAAUUGUAAAUGCUAUUACUAUUAUUAAUGAAAAUGAAAAAAACUAUUUGGAUUUGCAAGAAGACAAAAAAGUAAAGGAAGAAGCCAUGGACUACAAGAAACAACGAGAAGAUGUGGUUCGAUCCCUAGAAACAGUUAAAACCAGAUUAGUAAGCCUUCUAGAAGAAAAUCUUGCUGAACGUCCUCUGCACCAACUCUCCCUGUCCGAAUUUAAUCUUCACCUUGAACAUAAGAAAGAGCGCAUAAAACAGGCAGAAAAGGAGCGUGAACAAAUACGUCUCGAAACAGAAGCACGCAUUCGUGCGCAAGACAAAGUGACGGCCUGGAUCAAAAGUCAGUGUUGGGAUACUAUGCUGAUUCCACGCGUUAAGCUAUUUGCCAUAUUCAGCCAUUACCAGGUAGAGAAUUACGCAGUACUUCCGACGCAGAGAGAUAAUUGGCCCGAAUUACAACAAAUUGAAGCAUUACGUGGCAUUGAGAUGGAAAACGAUGGAAGUGUUUUCCGGCCAUGGGAGGAGCUCAGUGAGAGGUCGAGCUUGGAGGAAAAUCAAGCUUCAGUGGCUCCACAUUCUCUGGUGUCAGUGAAAUCAAUGCGAAAGAGCGGUGAAAGCCAGAUGAUGGCGGAAAUAGUGGAGUCGGACGAGUCGGUGCCGGGCGAGUCCUACGUAUUGUCUGGGACCAAUGCGCACCGCUUUAUCCAGAUACCGACCUUCAUGAUACCACAAACCAUGGCUUAUAGCUUUCUGCAGAUGAAUUGGCUACAGCACAUAGUUAAAUUAAAUGUUCAAAAUAUGCGGCUGUGGUUCAAUAAGCAAUUUGACGACCUGAUGAAUCUAAAGAAGCGUGAAAUUGGACUCGUAGACGAAAGAAACGCUCGCCUACGUUUCAUAAUUGAUGAAUUGAAUAAGCUUUCUGACCUACGUGGAAGUUUUCAUCAUUUGACCAUACAAAUUCGGGACCCUGAAUGGCGACAGGAAGAACAACCGCACCGGCUGAUUAAAGUAGAUCCUGAAGAGUGCAGUGUCGAGCCGUACGUGAGCCCGAGCCAGGUGCUGGUGCCGCCCCCGGAGCCGCAGCCCAAGGACGACUUCCGCGAACGUGCCUUGAUGUACAUGAUGGACGGAGUGCUCGAGAAGCUCUGGCAUGAGGAGAUCAAGAAGCCCAUACCCAUGCCGCUCUGCAUGUUAGAGAAAGAUCCAGAACAAUUCAAUGAGGAUGAUUUACGACUAGUGUUCGAUUACGAGGCCAAAGUUGCAUUUAGAAAUGAGGAAAGAGAUAAGUAUCGGAAGAUGCUCCACGCGGAAUAUGCCAAAUUAGCACAAGUCCUCAAUGAAGGAAUUGUAAAGUUCAAUCAAAAGGUAAAAGAAAUGUGGUUGAUAAAGUUGAGAGUUGAUUCAGUUAUUGGGCAAGAAAAUUUGAAUCUUAUGCGAUUACGUAGAACCAAUUUAGAUCGUGUUGAAAUGGCUGAAAAAUUAGAAGAACUGAGAAGUGAUAUAAAAAUGUACGAAGCAGAAUUAGAAUUACUACAGAAAGAAUUGCAGUUAAUUCAAGAACAGAUUGAAGAGUGUCAAGCGACAUAUGAGAGUCUAAUGCAGAAGGACAAAUAUUUGGAUCGCACAUUUAAGAAUCAUUUUGCUGAUCUUUCGCCUAUUAUUGUCGACCAGUGCUACAAGUUCUUUAAAAAAAGGCCUAAAUGGCAUCAGCGUGCAACAAUGAUACCAGUUGUUCUCUACGACUUAGCUAAUGCUGUUCUUACUGGAAUCCGUCCUCCACUUUUACAUACGGACUGUCUAGAAUUUUUCAAGGGAGUCGAGCAAUUAGACCAGAUUAGCAAUAUGCCACCAGUGAUGGAUGAGGGACUCUGGAUAACUAUGAUCAAACUUCGUCGAGCGAAAAUCGAAAACGAAAUACGUCUGCGCGCAGUGGCGCAGGAGCUGUCGGCGGCGGAGGCGGCGGCGGGCGCGGGGCGCGCGGCGGCGGCGGCGCGCCGGCUGCGGCUCGCGCGUUGUGCCGAGUGGCUGGCGCGGCGUCGCCGGGGAUCCGAGCUGGCGGCCAGGGACCGGACCCUGCAGCUAGUAUUACCUGCGGGACAAGUCGAAAUUUUAACUACCGGUCACAUGGAAGACUUCGAGGAUGCCACCCUCAUACCUCGAGAUGAAAUCGAAAAAGUUAAUAACGUUAUUUUGAAAGUAGGAGAAUGGAAAUUGAAGAUGAUGAAGAAACAAAUAGAAUUUCGUAAAGGGAUAUUAUCGAAGGAAUGGGAACACGCUCAGAUGAAAAUGAAAUUACGGCAUAUGGAACAGGAACUAUAUUCUUAUCAAAGACUCAAGAUACCUAAAGAGCUUCAAAAUUACCUGAAAAAUAAAGAGUUGGGUUACACGGAUGAACAAGACUACAUUCGCAUGGAAAAAGAAAUAGAAGCAUCAAAGAUGUCUGUUAAUAAGAUGCUAACUGAACAAAUACGUAAAGUUGAAGAAAUUGAAGUGAGAAUCAACGCGCUUGAGACGCAGGCACAGGACUUGGAAAAAUUGAUCACCUCACUCAAUGUGAAGGUUUCAGAGAAGAAACUUAAUGAGGAUCCUCUGGAGCCCAUUCGAAUACGUCGCAUUUUUAAAAGAAGGAUGGAAACGCUGGUAAUGCGCAGCAAACUAAUCCGCGAGGUGCAGAGCAACCACACGCGCAUUGUACUGCUGCAGACCGAGCUCGAAUUGUUGCGACUCAAGACCUACCCGACGCUUGCCAGCUUCCGGACCAUUAACUAAAUGUACCUCAGAUCUCUAAUUAAUGAACAAUUAGCAUUAAGCCAACUCUUCCAAAUUAUUAUAAAAACAUCUAAGCUGUUUUAUAUGAGAAAUUUUAUGGGCUGCCAGUAUACAAAAAGUUUUAUGUGGAUUUUGUUGGAUUUUGUGUACCUCUUUGCCUGAUUAAUUUUAGAUGAGUGUAAAAUUAAUGGUGUUCAGUAAAAGAUAUUUGAAAUUAA